AUGAUUGUGUUCUCAUGGAAUGUAAGAGGUGCUGUUGGAAAGGCUUUCAGCAGAGCCUGUAAAGAAUAUAUUAGGGUCCAUAAACCAGACAUUGUGGUUCUUCAAGAGACAAGAUGUAGUGGUGAUAAUGUAAAAAAGGUAAUAAAAAACUUGGGCUUCAAUAACUUUAUUUUGGUGGAGGCUGGGGGGUAUAGUGGAGGGAUUUGGAUUCUUUGGAGAAAUGAUAAUUUCAACAUUAAACCUAUUCAACUUCAUAGUCAAUACAUUUACGCAAUUGUGGAGGAGAAUAACAAGGCCCACUGGCUUCUUUCUAUCAUCUAUGGUAGCCCUAGAGAGAUGGAGAGAAGGGAAGCGUGGGAAGAAAUCAGAGAGUUUGCAAGAAGCAACACUAAACCUUGGUUGAUGGUAGGUGACUUCAAUGCCAUUGCCAACAUUAAUGAAAAGAAAGGAGGUGUCCCUGCUGAUAGAAGAAAAUGCUUGGAAUUUGCAAACUGGAUCUCAGACUGCAAUCUCAUAGACAUGGAAGCUAAGGGUUCAAAGUUCACGUGGAGGGGAGCUGUUAGGGACAAUAGGGAUCGUGUUUUUGAAAGGCUCGAUAGGGGUCUAUGCAAUAGUGAUUGGCGAAUCCAAUUCCCAGAAGCUUAUAUGAUGUGCCUAACCCGCACCCACUCAGCCCAUCACCCAGCUUCAAGAUAG